GUGUACGGACCGCAAAACAGCGAGAGCAGAGAGAGGGAGAGAGAGAGAGAAAGGGAUAGAGAGAGUGAGGAAGAAUAAAACCGAUUUUGGCUGAAAGAGAUGGACAGAGUGUAGUGUUUUCCUCCAUCUUUACAGUAGUUACGUCUGUCUUUGUGUCUCUGUGGUGGACAGACGCUCAGUCUUUGUGUUUGCUGUUUUCUCCCUGGUUCCUUGGAUGCUGAAGGAUUGAUGGGGAUGGAGAUACAACACAGUCACCCAGCGCUGCUGUACACCUGGACGCAAGAGCGCCACUGACAGAGGUCUGUUGACAGAGUGGGUGGACAGAAGAACAGAAGUGUCCACAGCAGUGAACGUCCUCUGUGUGGCUGUAAGGAGAACCAUCUAGCCAAUCAGGAGAGGUGAGAGGCAAGGCCGGCCAAUCGUUGGGGGAGAGAUGUUGGGGCAGGGCGGCCAUGUGACCCUGGUUCACAUGUCAAUAUUGCUGCUACUGUGGAGCAAAGCAGCACCCAUUGAAGUCCCACAAGACCCAAAGAUCCUGCAAGACCUAAAGCAGCCCCCCACUAUAGUCAAACAGUCAGUAAAGGACUACAUUGUCGACCCCAGGGAUAACAUCAUCAUCGAGUGUGAGGCCAAGGGCAACCCAGUGCCAACGUUCUCAUGGCGAAGGAACGGGAAGUUCUUCAACAUCGGGAAAGAUCCCAGGGUGACGAUGCGAAAACGUUCGGGAACUCUGGAGAUCGGUUUCCGUAGCGGCGGACGACCAGAAGACUAUGAGGGAGAGUACCAGUGUUUCGCUAGCAACGACCUCGGAGUUGCUCUGUCCAACAAAAUCCUGCUCCGGGUCUCCAAGGCUCCGCUGUGGCCUAAAGAGGUGCUGGAGCCAAUGGUGGUGCCUGAAGGCACCCCACUGGUUCUACCCUGCAACCCCCCGCCGGGCCUGCCUCCUCCGUUCACUUUCUGGAUGAACAGCGCCAUGACUCCCAUCCCUCAGAAUGAGAGAGUGUCCAUGGGUCUGAACGGAGACCUGUACUUCUCCAACGUUUUGACCAGAGACGCUCACACCGACUACAGCUGCAGCGCACGUUUCCUUUUCACACACACCAUCCAGCAAAAGAACCCCUUCACACUCAAAGUUCUGACCACGGAUCCGUAUAAUGAUACAGCUUACAAUGCCACCGACCCCUUUAGUGGCCGUAAAGUAGCUGAGUCCACCCCGACCUUCCUCUCGCCCUCAGGGAGUGAGAGCUCCAAAAUGGUGCUACGAGACGAGCAUCUGCUGCUGGAGUGCAUUGCUGCUGGACUUCCAACGCCCACCAUCAAGUGGUUCAAGAAGGGCGGGGACCUGCCGUGGCCAAAAGUAAAGUAUGAGAACUACAACAAGACCCUGAAGGUUAUCAACAUGUCAGAGGAGGAUGCUGGGGAGUAUGUAUGCAUGGCCAACAAUCAUUUAGGCAGCAUACGCCACUCCAUCUUUGUUCAGGUCAAAGCGGCUCCUUAUUGGCUAGACAAACCUACAAACCUGGUGCUCGCCCCUGAUGAGAACGGGCGCCUGGUGUGUCGGGCCAACGGCAACCCUAAACCUAACAUCCAGUGGCUCAUCAACGGAGAGCCUAUAGACAGCUCUCCCCAGAACCCGAGCAGACAGGUACUAGGUGACACCAUCAUCUUUCGCUCGGUGCAGAUGGGAAGCAGCGCUGUGUACCAGUGCAACGCCUCCAACCAGCACGGCUAUCUACUGGCCAAUGCCUUCGUUAGCGUCCUUGACAUGGCUCCAAGGAUGCUAGGCCCUAAAAACCAGCUGAUUAAAGUCAUCGAGAACAACCGCACCUUCCUGGAAUGUCCAUUCUUCGGUUCCCCGCUGCCGGAUUUACGCUGGUUUAAGAACGGACAGGGCAGUGGGCUGGAUGGCGGUCAUUACCGUGUUUACAUCAAUGGCACCCUAGAGAUCAAACGCGCCCGAGCAGAGGACGAGGGCACCUACACCUGUGUGGCCAACAGCAUCCUGGGCUCGGCCGAGAACCAGGUCCGCCUGGAGGUCAAAGAGCCGACUCGUAUAGUCCGAGCCCCGGAGCACCAGUCAGCCACCAGGGGCUCCAAGGCUCACUUUGACUGUAAGGUGAAGUCUGAUCCCAGCCUGCCCAUCACUGUGGCCUGGACUAAGGAUGACAAGCCCCUCUACCUGGGAUGGAGACUGAAGAAAGAUGAGGAGUCACUAACGAUCCCCAAUGUGAAUGAGGGCGAUGAAGGAAUGUACACCUGCACUGUUAAAUCGGAGAUAGACCAGGACUCAGCCUCAGCCCGCCUCACUGUGUUAGAUGAAGCCUCCCACCACCCCUCAGUGUCUAGUGCCUUGCCUCCAGACCGUCCAGACCCUCCCUUUGAUCUGGAACUGACAGAAGCUGCAGCCCGCAGCGUUCGCCUCACCUGGAUCCCCGGAAACGAUCACAGGAGCCCGAUCACGCAAUACCUGGUCCAGUUCGAGGAGGAUCACUAUGAGCCGGGCAGGUGGCAGGACUUGUCCACUUACCUCGGAGACCUCAACUCUGUCAUUCUGCAGCUCGCCCCCUUCGUCAACUACCAGUUCAGGGUCAUCGCCAUCAACUCAGUGGGCCCCAGUCAGCCCAGCCGCCCCUCACCCCGGUACAAGACCAGUGGAACGGCUCCAGAUGCCAUUCCCAGAGGUCUACGAGGAUGGGGAUCCAAGAAAGACAACAUGGAGAUCACCUGGGAGCCUCUCCUUGAUCUGGAGAGAAAUGGCCCAAACCUGCACUACAACGUGUGGUGGCGGCGGAAGGAUUUGGGAGAAGAGUGGAGUAAUGUGACCACGGUGGGGUCCAAACAUGUUGUCCACAACACAGAAACCUAUGUGCCUUAUGAGAUUAAGAUCCAGGCCAGGAAUGAGUUUGGACAAGGACCUGAGUCUAAUACGGUCAUUGGAUACUCUGGAGAGGACAAGCCCACCGACGCCCCCUCUGACCUGCGGGUGUCAAAAGUUGACAGCACCAAGGCGAACAUACACUGGAAGCCCGUGGACCUGAGCUCUGUCUCUGGAGAGUUCAAGGAGUACAGAUUGUACUACUGGCGCGAGUUCAGUCUGGUUCCGAAUCUGGUGGUAAGUAAGGAGAAGAAGACCAAGGGUUUCUACAGCAUCAUGGCCGAGCCGUCUGGCAUCCUGGGCGACCUGGUGCCCUACUCUAAAUACAAGAUGUUCAUGGUUGUGGCCAACAACCUCUAUGAGGGCCCCCCCAGCAACACAGUGGAAAUCACCACCAAGGAGGGAGUUCCCGAUGCUCCAAAGUUCUUCCGCAUUAACCGGAGAAGUUUUGACACCCUCCACCUACAAUGGGGCAAACCUCUGGAGCCCAACGGCAUUCUGAUUGGAUACCAGCUCAAGUACCAAACAGUCAAUGGCUCCAGGGUGGGUCAUCCCAAGUUGGAGACUUUCUCUCCUAAUGUGACAGAGUUCACCCUGCGCCUGCCGGACCGAUCUACCCGCUACAAGUUCUACCUGUCAGCGCUCACCCAGGUGGGAGCAGGGGAGGUCUUUGCUGAAGAGUCUCCACACUUUGCCAAUGAAGAAAACUUUACUGACUCUACAGGUCUAGUCGAGCUUACAGAUGCCUCCCUGGCUUCAGCUUUCUCUCCUACUCCUCCUCCUCUUGCUCCUCUUCCUCCUACUACCGUUGCUCCUACAACAAUUAGUACCUCAACUUCUACGACUUCUACUACAGCUUCUACUACUACUACUACUACUACUACUACCACCACCACUACAACUGAGGCUACCACUAUCGGCACACCUCCUCAGCUGGUCACCAUCAGGCAAAGUGAUCAGAAUGAUUUGGGGGCCAGUGGGCGGGAGAUCUGGAAUCUGACGGUGGAGCCUAACAGUAACUACGCUAACGUCAGCUGGAGACACAACUUCCAGGCCGGCAGCAGCGAGUUUGUGCUAGAGCUCACACUGGACAGUAAGACACCAGACCAAGGAGGCAACAAGACGGUGAAACAUGUACCGCGGGUGAAACCCCCCAUUACAUUGGUGGAUCUGAUCGCAGGUGCCGUGUACCAUCUGAGGGUUUAUUCCGAUGAUUACAACAGCGUCAGCAGCAAAUCUGUCACCUUUAAGACCAAACCAGCCUACAUAGACCAGGUGGACAUCGCCACUCAGGGCUGGUUCAUUGGCUUGAUGUGUGCCAUCGCCCUCAUCAUACUAAUCCUCCUCAUCGUCUGCUUCAUCAAGAGGAGUCGCGGGGGCAAAUACCCAGGUGCUGGUUGCGUGACUGGUUUCACAAAAUAUCUAGUCCGUGAGAAAAAAGAUCUCCCCUUGGACCAAGUAGAUCAGAAAGAGGACGGAUCCUUUGAUUACCACAGCGAUGAGGACAACAAGCCCCUCCAGGGCAGCCAGACGUCGCUGGACGGCAACGUGAAGGAGAGCGACGACAGCCUGGUGGACUACGGCGAAGGCGGCGACGGCCAGUUCAACGAGGACGGCUCUUUCAUCGGCCAGUACACGGUGAAGAAGGACAAGGACGAAACGGAGGGCAACGAGAGCUCUGAGGCCACGUCUCCCGUCAACGCCAUCUACUCGCUGGCGUAGCACCGUAGCAACACAUGGGGGGGACGCAGCGGCAACCUCGGAUCUGAGGGUGUUACGCUAAAAACCACAACACCAUACACUAGACACAAACACACACGCAGGAAUAUAUUAAUAUAUGAAACACAUCUAACACAGAGGGAAGGCAGCAGGGCCUGUCUAGAGACUGUGUAGGCUUUCCUGUGCUUGGUUUCCUCUGCGCUCUGCCUGCCCUAACACAGACAUGAAGUGUGCCUUCGGGGCAGCUUUCAGCAUUGGAGGCAUCAACAAGUGUUCUUUAGAGAUUUCUUUCGUUGGUUCGUUUCUGCUCUGAACAUUUAGCGUCCCUGCUCUCCUUCCUGAUACGCCCCUCUUACCUCUGUGUAGCAUCCCAGUAAAGUACACACAAGAGGUCCCUGACACACACACACACACACACACACACACAAACACACACACACACACACACACACACACACACACACACACACACACUGGCCCCUUCCUGUAACAUAUCAGCUUUUAACCAUCAAACUCAACAGGAUGCCGGCAGAUAUGUUUAUCAUAUUGAUAUUUACGCUAUGAAAGAUUUUAGUUUUCCACAGCUGGUAGACGAGUCAUUAAAUAUAAUGAGUGCUGUAUUCAGUCCCGGCACACAUUUUAGUGCCCUGCAAAACUAUGCACUGUCACCCCCUCCAUAGCGUUUUAGGGUUUAAUCUGGUUAGUAAAAGUACACAUGUUGGGUUUCUUUUAUACCACAUUCAGGCUAAGUCACAUGCUUUUAUUCACUUUGCCUUGUACGAUGUGAUAGACAUGUUUUUCUUACCUCUAAUCCAAUGUUGUAGUGCAGAUGUUCAAAAUGGCCGCCACAAGAAAGGCUAUUGCUGCCACAGGCAGCAAGCUCUGCUAGAGUAUGGUGUUAUUGAAUCCCAUGGUUGUUGUUUUUUAAAAGAUGAUCAAGAUUAUUUUGGAGCAUGAUAGUAACUUAGUGCAAGAGAAAUUGAAGGCAACAGAGAGGAACGUUAGUUUUGCUUGAGAAACACCAGUAGACAACAGCCCAAAAACUCCCUAGUUAGCAUGCAGGCUAAUGCUGCAUUCAUGUCAAAUGGGAAUAGUUACAUAUUGACAGUUGUACUUGUAUUUGUUUAUUAUUUGUCAAACCUUUGAAAGUAUGUUUUAUACCAAAACAGACUUUGCGACGUCAAUCCAACAUGGUCGUCACAAUCGUCAAUUUACAUGUAUUUUCUCAAUUGUGACACCACAAUUGUGGAUGUUUGGGUUUCCUUGUUAGUUUUUAGCUCCUGUAACUGGGAUGUGUCUUCAAGUUUGAAGCUAACGUCUACGUUCUUUCCCAUGGGACAGGAAUGCAGCACAAGAGGCUAGGAUCCCAAGGGUGUGUUCAAACUACAUGCCUUGCGUUUUCCCCAAUAUUCACCACUGGAUUUUUAUAUUUUGAGUCUGUGCUUAUAGGCCUUAUACAGCCAAUAUAAAGGCACUAUCUGUCAGCUAGUAAGACGCCCACCAACCUCUAGUUCUUUCUGUUACAUCCCUCCAGACUCUCUCUCCUUUCUGGUCCCAGCAUGUUGAUGAAUGGGAGUCUUAACGCCUCGGAAUAGGCUCAAGUUGAAACAUUUUUAACUCCUAUGGACAAAGAUCACAUUCACAUUGACUUUAUAUGCAAACACACCGUUCAGUCUGAACCCAUCAUUGCAGGAGAUCUACACUUCUUUCCCUCCCUCUAGUUUUUUAAAACUCAAAUCAUUUGUUGGUGCAGAUGAAAAAAAAGACAGUGUUGAAUACUUGAAUUAAAUGAAAAAAGAUUUGCAGCAUGAAAUUAUAUACAUUCAAUUCACAGCCACCUUUGAAAUGAAACGUAUCAGCUUAUUUUUUGGGAGAUAUGCAGAGGAAGAAAGAAGAAAAAAAAACUGUUUGAGUAACAGAAAAACUUUUUAGAGGUAUGUAUGCUCAGUAUUUCACUUGACCUACAACCAUAUUUGUCAUGUAGCCAUUCUGUUAGCAGCCUGAUGGACGGACAGUCUGUUCUUUUUUUUGAUACUAAAUGAUCACGGAGUGCUCUUUUCUUUCACCACUCAUACUCUACUUACCUGCUACUCAACGGCACUAUUAAACCCUCCAAUGCUAAAUCAAAAAGAUCUUCACUGCAGUUAGCAUCUGGAGUUCACAUUGUAUUUCAAAUAUUUAUUUCAUAUUUCUAUUUAUUACAUCAUGUGGAUAGUAUUAAUAUUAGUGCUUAAUUUAAUUAUUGUUAUAUACACAUUUUUGACCAACUUAUUUUGUUGUUUCACACUGGAAAUAGCCAGAAUAAAGAUGUCAGUUAUUGUUCAUCAUGAGAGGCAUUAAACACAACAGUAUGUUCGGAAUAUUUGUGAUAUUUGUAGCAGCUGGCUUUUCUGCUGUAAACAAAACCGCAUAUUUGUCAUGGUACAUGGAAAAAAAAUGUCACGUUUAUCUGUUCAUUGUGCUGCUCUUCUCGUACUAUGUUGUAUUACAGUUACCCUGUGUUUUUAUUCAGAUUCAUGUAACAUAACCUUUCCACCACCAAAUCAAUAAUGUUGCUUAUUAUUUAUUUGACCUAUAUUCUGUACAUGUAAGUCAUCAAGAAAUUUCUCUUAUAUUUGUAAAUAUUUCAAAGUUGAUUUCCCCAGAAAAAAAUGCUUUAUCGGGAAAAAAGGAAACAAAACGUCACAAAUCUUUAUCCACCAAGCAAAAGUGACAGGUGCGUCUUUAGUCUGUCAUGCACCUUUGUAAUGUAGCUUUGACUAACAUUUGCACUCUGAAAAAGUAACAAGAAUCAUCCUUCACUCUGUGUUGCCCUUUGCUUUGUGAUUUUUCAAACUGGAAAGUCUAUCAGUCACUUGUUUGAAGGUUUGGAUUCUAUAUUGUGAAAGAGGAAGACGUUAGAUUAUCUGUCUAUAUGUUGUAAAUAAGACGUAAGUGCUCCUGGAAUAUACUAUUUGUAGCAUUGUCACACACAAUCUGCUAGUAGGCCUAAAAGCAUGCAUUUGCUGACUUAUUGGAACAAACUCCCUUUCUUUAAACUGUUAUCCAUUUGUCAUCUGAGAAUGCAUCGACUCCUUCCUAGGAUGCCUUUCACCUAACAUGCCUAUUGAUGCAUAGCUAGUCCCAUUUCAGGGGCCACCUUAGAAGACUGAAGAUCCAUAUAUUGGACAGUGAAGCCUCAUUCAGACCAAGCAUUGCCCAAAGUUAGUCUCAGAAAGUUUUCCUAAAAACAGGUGGAGAAGGCUAAAAACAAAAGAUGUUACAUAACCUUACGUAAUGUCACAAUGUGUCAUUGGAGAGAAAGUUAUAAAUAGUGUGAAAUGGGUGCCUGGGUAGGUCAUAUGGUAGAGUGCACACCUAUAUAAAGAGGUCCAGGCCUCAACACAGCAACCUCGGGUUCAACUCCGACCUAUGGCCCUUUGCUGCAUGUGAUUUCCCUUCGCACACCCAUUUCAAGUCUAAGCUGUCCUUUUGUAAAAUAAAGGCCUAAAAAUGCCCCAAAAAGUUAACUUGUCAUAUAUUCCGGUAAGAUCACUUAGAGACACCUGACAAACAUUGUAGCAGGUGAAAGGGCAGACGUAUUCAUAUAAAUCUGUAACACCAACAGAGUCACUGUAAGUCAAUUCAAUUACACCCUACAAUGGCUUGAGUAAACCUAUCCGAUAUAUAACAAGUUGACAAUGACUGACUAAAUGCAUAAUUAAACAUAAGACUUGCCCACAAUCAACUAACCAAAUUUGGGCAAAGAAGUCAUUUUCAGGAGCCUUUUAAUUAGGACAGACCUUGUCAGUACAUUGUGAGAUAUUUCAUUUGCGGAGGAGGCCCCUAAAAUGGAACACACCAUAUGUCCAGGUGACGGGCGGCCAUUUUGAAAACAGUUCUGGCCCGGGAUAUCUCAGCCCUUUUAAAAGGGAAGAGAUAUCUGAUUUCCCAAAAAAUUUCAACCUUUCUGUCUCCAAUUCCCUCUUCCAAAAAUGUUCCCAUUUGUCUCUCUGCAGAAACUCAAAGCAAUAUCCUCUGAGUUUUAAUCAGCUGGGUGUUACUUCUGACACCAUUGUUUUACAGUUUGCUCACUCUAAUGUUAGGUUGAGCACAGACAUCAUGUAAAAAACAGGAGACUGCUGCGGAAAUGGAAGAAAACAGGAAGAAAAAGCACUGAAAGAUCAAACUUUGGUGCAAAAUGCACAGGUCAGAACUUUCUCCCUGGACUCGUUGGAAGCGUUUUCUUCCAGAUCUGUUCUGGAAACCUGCACCUCUUUCUUCCCACAUGGCCUUUCCUCUCCCCCCCUUAAAGUGGAUCAUAGUGGGGAAAUGUUGGAAACUGGCUAUCUAACAAAGAAAAGAGAAUUAUGCAUAGUUGCUGAUACACAGUGCUUUUUUUCUUGUCCUUUUAUUUGUGCACGUUGACUCUCUUUUUACUGUCUGCAUUGUCUCAGCUCAACUUUAAUGGGGGGAAAGAAAAUGUUGAUGUGCAGUUUUUACAGCGUUGUGUUUGUUUUUCAUUUCAAAAUGCUGCAGUGUGUACAUAGAACUGGCGCACAUACAAGAUUUGCAACUGGAUUUUUUUCACCGAUUGAACACAUGCUGUUUGGCUUUUUUUUUUAAUGAAUUCUCAUAUUAGCAUCUUCUUGUUUAUACCAUGUGUAUCAGAGCAGUUCGUCAAAGUCUUGCUUCGAUGCGCAACAUAACAGCUUUUGUAAGGUACAUACUCAACAGAAAAUGGCAUAAAUAUAUUCCCCAUGUAUGCGUGUAUGAUGAGAUGUUGCAACUUCUGCUAGCGACGCCUUCUUUAUAGUAAAGCUAUCUCCUUUUCU